AUGAAGCUACAAAUCACUGUUACAACUCUAUUAGCUGCAUCUGCUACUGUAUUGGCAAGCCCAGUUGGAGAUGACUCAAACGAGAAAAGAGGCCUAGGUAAGUAUUUUGGCCGUAAAGAUGCUAUAACCACAGUCCAAAUGGCGCAAGCAUCAAUGGAAGGAAUGUCUAUGGCACCAGGCGAGACUAUGGCAGGAAUGUCUAUGGCACCAGGCGAGACUAUGGCUGGCAUGUCAAUGCCAAUGUCUACAAGCUCUUCAGUUACAGAUUCUGCAACAUUCGCAACCGCAGUUACUGAUCUUUCUCAACCAUCAUUCACCACAAUGCCUGAUACACCAUUAGUAGUUAAUAAUAGCACCAAUUCUACGUCAUCUAUUUCUAAUGGAACAAAUUCUACUUUCUCCAAUUCAACCAUUAAUAACUCUACUACUAAUAAUUCAACUUUCUCCAAUAAUACUUAUUCAAACAACACUGUUUCGAACAGUACUGAAUUGAAUAAUACUGCUAGUCGCACUACAACCGCUCCAGAUUCCGAGGCAACUCGUUCUGUUUCCAAUAGUACUGCAUUAAACGGAACCUCAGGAAAUCAAACCAACGGUACUAACGUAUCAGGUGCAAAUGACACUAAACCAGUUCCUGACAGAUUCUUAUACGUCUAUACUGGUGGUAAGACUCAAUUAUUAACAAAUACUUCUCAUUAUGACUUCAUUACUUUAUACAACACUACUAAUGCUUUGAACUCUACAGAAUUAUACAAUGUUUCUAAAUGUGUUAAUGAAUCCCUAGCUUCCAGAUCUUACAGCGGUAUUAUUGUUUUAGGUAACCCAGACUCUAUUGAAUCAUUAAGUUUCUUUAAUGCUAUCACUCUAAAUACUACCUUCCCUGUUAUUGUUUCUGAAGAUGCUGAUUUGGGUAUGGCCGUUGCAAUGGUUAAGGGCGUAGCUAAAUAUGGUCCUGUUGUUGCUGUUGUUAAUAAUAUUGUUUAUCCAGGUGUCUAUGCUCCAAAUGUUGCAAAUUCCGACUCUACUAAUGGUAUCCCAAUUGGUGUUUGUAACGACGCUAACUCCGUCGAUUGGUACUUUGAAUCAAUUUACCCAACAAUAAUUAGGGACGUUCAAGCUAAUUUCCGUAACUUUACAGAAGCUCCUGAAAAGACAGAUGCUAUUGUUCCUAUUCUUUCUUACAACUCCGCUUUCCCAGUAAAUUCUUUACCAUUAAUUAAAGGUUUAGUUAUUGAAGCUAGAGGUACCAACUUCACAUCAGUUGAUGUAAAAGGUGCUGCUUAUCCAAUCAUUUUUGCCUCUGAUAAUGCCUAUGUUGGUCCUUCUCAAGUUCCAGAAGGCGCAAUUGCAGGUGGUUCUUUAGAUGUUACUAAGUCUCAACUUUUGUUAUCUAUUGCUGUUUCCCAAGGUGUCACUAACGCAACUGAAUUACAAAAGCUAUUUAUUUAA